UCGCACAUCAAACGCAAUGCCUUGACUUCUUUGAGUUUGAAUUUUAUUUACGUUUUGAAUUCUGAUUUAAUCCGCCAUCAGAGAGUUCUUGUUGUCAUUGAUUUUCCAAAGUGAAAUGGACUCUAUUAUUUUAUUUGAAGUUUUCUUGCUUUAAGUCGGCGGUGGCGGCAGCGGUGGCCGGCGUUUAAUAUGCACGCUGCGCUCGAUUGCGUUAGCCUGACUUAUGAGUCUUUUGGUUGUGCAGGUACUGCAAUAACAAAGAAUCAGCGGUAUUGGGACGACAAGCGCAGACACAGAAAGUUUCGUUCCGGAGAACACCGUUAGAGGGCUUAUGUCCACCUAGAGACCCACCGACAUGUAUGCCGGCUUCGCAAAGAUACAGGACUCACGAUGGAACUUGCAACAAUCGCCGUAGACUGCGAUGGGGAUCAGCUCAGAUGCCCUUUAACCGAUUUCUUCCCCCGGAAUAUGGUGAUGGAGUUGACUCUAUCCGAGGAUCGGUUGAAGGUGGGGCUUUGUCUUCGGCUAGGUUCGUCAGUUUGUUAGUACAUGGGGCUAAGGAAGGAGAUGCACCUUUGACACUGAUGAUCGUCCAAUGGGGACAAUUGCUGGAUCACGAUUUGACGUCCACAGCACAGCCACGAUCAAUAAACGGUUCUGUACCGAGUUGCUGUGGCUCGAAAGACUUCCAUCCUUUGUGUUUUCCCAUCAAAGUCCCGUUAGAUGAUCCAUGGCUGGCACCGCUGAAAGUACGUUGCUUAGAAUUCCUCCGAUCGGCUCCGGCCCAGCGAAGAGAUUGCGUUCUUUCCUGGAGAGAGCAGACCAAUCAGGUCACAUCAUUCAUCGAUGCGUCCCCAAUAUACUCCAGCAACGCCAAGACCUCCGAUAACGCAAGGAUCUUCCGGAAUGGCUUGUUGAUCUAUGGGAGAGGUGAUCCUGCUGAUGACGUUUGUAUGCGAGGAGCUAUUGCUCAUCAGUGCAUUCGAUCGGGAGAUGGUCGCAGUGGGGAACAACCUGGAUUACUGGCACUUCACCAUGUCUGGGUGGGGGAACAUAAUCGAAUUGCCAUGGAAUUGAGUAUCCUUAAUCCCCAUUGGAGUGACGAGAAGGUGUACCAGGAAACUAGAAGAAUUAUCGGAGCAUUAUUCCAGCACAUAACUUACCGUGAGUUUCUUCCAAUUGUUCUGGGGCGUGAGGUUUGUAAACUGUUUGAUUUGGAACUGUUGAAAAGUGGCUACUACACGGGCUACGAUCCGAAUAUAAACCCCACGGUUUCGAAUGCUUUUGCAGCAGCGGCUUUCCGGUUCGGACAUUCACUGGUUUCGAACACUUACAUGAGAUGUGAUCGCAAUCACAAUUUCAUCAAUAACAAUGUCACUUUGCACGAAGAGUUCCAACAAGGCGAUAUCGGGACAGCUGGAUCCUUGCACCGACUACUGCGGGGAAUGGCCACACAAAAAGCCCUCAAACGGGAUGAAUUUAUAACCCCAGAAUUGACAAAUCACCUCUUUCAAACUCCAGGCUUUCCAUUCGGUCUCGAUCUAGCUGCGAUUAAUAUCCAGCGGGGUCGAGAUCAUGGAAUAGCUCCAUACACUGCCUGGCGGCAACCUUGCGGCCUUUCAGCCAUAAACACAUGGGAUGAGCUUGCCAAUGUAGUCGGACCUGAAUCGGCUAAAAGAAUUAGCCAUGCUUAUCGCAAUGUCCAUGAUAUUGACCUAUUUGUUGGCGGAAUUGCUGAACGUCCCGUAAUUGGAGGACUUGUAGGACCGACAUUUGCGUGUAUCAUUGCUCAACAGUUCAGCAAUUCGCGCAAGGGUGAUCGUUUCUGGUAUGAAAAUACUGGCUUCGAGAGUUCAUUUACCCCAGCACAGUUGAAUUCAAUACGCCACGUCUCACUGUCAUCAGUUCUUUGUCGAGCUGUCAAUGGUGGAACUUUGCAACCGUAUGUUUUCCUGCCUAAUGAAGUUAAGGGUAAUCAGAGAGUAAAAUGUGGCAAGGACGCUUUAGAGCCAAUAGACUUAGGACCUUGGCUCGAACAGGAUCCAUUUUUGAUGAGCAAUGACAAAAUUGACCAGAACAUCAAUCCAUCAUCCACCACUUCCAAAGAAGAAAAAGGAAUCAACAAUCGAAUACAAAACGUCACAAAUGUGGAUUUCAUUCCGAAUAGUUCGAUUGGAUUCCAUCGAGUGGCGAACAUGACGAAAAUUCAUGACAAACUUGACAUGAAACAGAAAGUGGUGACAUCACGACCUAUAGCAAAACCUAUCAGAGGCAUCAAUAACAAACUCGACAAGAACAGACUAACAGUCAAAAAGAAUCCCAAACCAACAGCCUCGUCUGCAUCGAAAAGAAUUAGCACGACCCGACGGACAGUUGUCAUUCAUAACGUUCAAAUUGAACUACGAAGCGCAAAUGGUGCUCAGAAUAGGGAAAAGGACGUAAAAGGCAAAAAGAAAAACAAGACUGACUCACUUACUUCAUCGGCUCAAAGUACAAUUAUGAAAGUGGCUGGAGUUGUCAAAUCACAAAUUAAUGCUGCUAUGGGAUUUUUGAGUGACAAAGACGAAGAUAUUUCAACGAAACACUUAUCUAGAAAAAUGAACGACCAUUCAGCAGAGACGUCGACACAACUGACAAACUCUACAAACUUGAGGAACGAAACAGAAUCUCAUAAAGAGAGAGAGACUACAAACCAAAACUUCACGACAGGUAACUUAAUUUCAAUAGUUCAGAAUUCAAAACAAACACAACUAAAUGUCAACGAUCACGACAAAACAGAACUCCCAGCUCUGAACGAAGUAUCCUACACAACGAAAGAACUAAACGAAACUGACACAACCCAAAAUGAAAUUACAGAUCUCAAAAACAAGACUUCACAAAAUCAUCAAGACUUUGACGUACCAAAAGAAGUCAUUAGAACUACGAAAAACAACAAAGACCAACAAGUUGUGACACAUAGAAACUCAUUAAUUGACAGCAACUCCAAUGACAGUCAAUCACCAAUCAAAGUACUACUCAAAAACAACAAAAAUGCCUCACACAUAUUUAACGAAAGUACAACCAUCAAUGAACACUACUUAACGAACACUUCUGAAACUCCAACGGACCUAGCCAACGACACAUACAUAAACGUAGAAAACCUUGAUACAAGCUCAUAUGACAAACUAAACGAACCACAUGACACUUACAAUGACUUUCAAGCCAUCAUCAAUUCAGCACUUCAAGACUCAUUAGAUCAACAUAAAAGAGUUCAUCGAAAAUCUGACCUCAACCACAAUCUUCAACAACAAGAAGUGAAAAAAGUAGAAUUUCACACCAAUUUAGACUUUAUUGACAAACUUCGUACACUUCGCAUUGACAAGACCGAUGACUUUCCCGAAAGCCGCAUAAUAUCGUCCGGUGGGGGACUUAACGAAACACCAAAAAUAGAUGUGAACGAAAAUUACUUUACCGAAGCUAGUGACGACUUGACCUUAUCAGUUAACACCGAACAACCAUCAUCAUCAUCGUCUGAAAUAUCACAUAACGUUGAACUUAGGCAAUUCCAAGAACGACCAAUUUACAAACGACCCCAAAAACUUAUACUUGACGCACCAAAGUCCGACCAAUACGAAAUAGAAAUCAACAUACGUCAAACAAACAACAACAAACAGCCCCAACAAACUAACGCUAACUACGAAGACUAUACCAACCCAAAUAAACGUUAUGACAGUGACCGAUACAAUCAGCAAUACGACUUUAUCAAUACGCAUCAGAAUAAACCAAACAACGCUUACUUUACGCCAUCGACUAGAAUUCCCUAUGGAACACGAACAAAGCCGCCUACGAUUAUUUACAUUGACGAACAUGACGUACGAAGCACAACUCGGGGUCCGGGGCUUUUUCAGAACAUUCUCUCGUUCGCAACUAACGGUUUGAAUAGCAUCAACAAGCUAACAACUACUACGCAAAGCCCAUUCAACCAUAAUCCCAAUAGAAUCGUCAACAAUGGGCACAAUUCUGCGUCAGAAAAUUAUUUGAGUCCGUAUCCUCCCCGACCCUACCAACAAUCCAAACCAUCUAGUAGCUAUUUAAGUGCUCAGCAAGCUCACACUUAUCCCCCAACUCAGGGCUUCCCCCAACUUGGAUUCUCCCAAGGUCCAACCAAUUUCAAUCCAGCAUCAGCUGCAAUCCCACCGCAGGGAUUUCCGCAUCAAAAUAUUUUCCCACCACAUACACUGCCCGGAGCAAAUAGUUUCAGUACUGCUUCCAAUGUCGGAGGAGUUGCGCAUGCUUCAAGCAAUGCCGUUAGUACGGGUCACUUUGGAGCCAUAGCUGGAAGUGCUAGUAGUAGUGGUGGGGACAGCACAUUCAGUUUCAAUAUUCGACCGUCUCCCAGGCCACAGCUUAACUUGAUGUCUCCGGCGUCGCAGUCGGGCUCAAAACCGGAGUACGAACUUUUGCCACAGCGCUGGUCACAAUACUCGAGUACCCCUAGCUACGCUAUUCCACCCAAGCCGAUGGGGUCAGUUGAAAGUUUUGAAUAUCCCCCCAACAAACAUGACCCAUUUUCAAGCUAUACCCGCAGACCACCCCCGUACUACAACAAAAAGCCAAGCAACGUAUUUGACCCAGCCUACGACGAUAUCGGAAGAUCCGAACUGACACUUGACGAUGGUCCGAGUAAAACGAACCACACCCAAGGUAAAAUAGGUUUUGAUAAUGAAGACGACUAUUACUACAACGAUGAUGAUGAUGACAAUUUUGGACCCAUAUUUAAGAAUGACAAUUCAGUUGAUGGACAGGAACUCGGGAAAAAUGACAAAAUUGACUAUUUAAAGCUUGCCGAACAAACUCUUAAAAAUAGAACUCAACUUAACGACACCGAACUUGACGAUAACUUUGUUUUGCCGAUGCUUCGACGAAAUGACGAUUUUGUAGAGCCUAAAGAAAAGGACGAAGCAGAAGACGAUUCGACAUCAACAAACCCAACUCCUACGAUAGGGGAACAAAAAAGCUUAGGUCAUGACAUUUUUGCCGAUGCCGAAGACUAUGACGAACUUUUGACAGCUAGAUCGUCGUUCGUAGAUUCGCAGACAGCUUAUGUCACUGGACAGUGGAAUAAGCAUAAGAAAUCAACACAACAACCUGUUGUUGCAUUUGCUCCAAUACAAGUAUUAACAAAGCCAGAAAGGCCUGACAAUUGGGUGAUUUUUGAUGCGGUUAAUGAGAAACCAUUGUUGCCAAUACAACCAGAUUUUAAUACGGAUACAUUAGUGGAAGCUGUGGAAGUGCCAAUGCCCUUUCAGAAACGUAAAAUAACUCGAACUCCGACAACGACACCUGAAGCAAAAACUCCUAACGAUACGGACUUUGCAACAUCAGACUCACCAGAUUUGUACAUGACAACAACAUUUGAAAGUGAAAAGACAUCAGAAGAGGUGACAACUGACGCAAUAAUCGACGAACAAACGACUUUCGAUGACAAUUUGACACAUGAAGAACUUGACGAAGUUACUGAAACGAGCGACUCGAAUAUUACAACAAUUACUGAAGGGAGAAAUCUUACGGAAAGAACAGAACAAAUACAAGAGGUACUGAAUUUUGAGACAAAAGACGUGAAUGAAAAUAUUGACAAUAAACAAACAGAUUAUUCCACUGACAUAACAACGACAACAACGCCACCACUUAAAAUCAAUUCAAUGACAGAUGACAGAUCUGAGACAGAAGAACUUACGACAUUACCCAACUUAACAUGACUUUAAAAUGGACUUGGACAAUAUAAUUCAUUAAGUUUCUAGCCAAUUCAUUUUCAUUUAAUUAUUUAUUUCAACUCAUCGCCAUUUCAAUAAAAGAAAAGAAAAUUAUUUAUGUAAACAAA